AUGGAUUCUGAAUACCACCGAUUGGCGAAUGCCAUUCUGGAACAAGCCUCAAAGUCUCCAAGACGACGGUAUCUCGUCGCAAUUGCAGGGAUACCCGGGUCUGGCAAGACCACCACAGCUGAAGCGAUAGUCCAACAAAUAAAUAAAAGCUCACAAAGUCACGCGGCUCUUCUUUCAAUGGAUGGAUUCCAUUUAUCCCGAGCAGCUCUCGAUAAAAUGCCGAACUCCUCAGAAGCCUAUGUUCGUCGUGGUGCCCCGUGGACAUUCGACGUGGCUCGUUUUGUCGACUUCAUUCAACGACUUCGUGUCUGGGCUGAUAAGACUCCCUUGGUCACAUCUAAAUCAAGGAGUGCUUGGUCUACCACUGACAUCAUACACGCACCAACAUUCGAUCAUGAAGCCAAGGAUCCAGUGGAAGACGGGAUUGCAAUCACACCGGAUACAUCGGUAAUCAUUAUCGAGGGGAAUUAUCUUCUACUUGAUGAGCCGGGCUGGCGGGAUCUAGCUUCUCUGGUUGAUUAUCGAGUUUUUGUUGAUGCUGAUCUACAAGAAGCUCGUGAUAGGACUGCCAAACGGCAUGUGCGAGCAGGAAUUGAGAAGAAUCUGAAAGAUGGGUAUCGACGGGUUGAUAGUAAUGAUUAUUUGAAUGGAGUCUCGAUCAGGGAGAAAUUAUUGGCUCCAGAUAUGGUAGUGAAGAGUGUGACGGUCACAAGUACGACUUAG